AUGGCGGGAAAAGCUGUGGAAGAUCUCUCUGAUGUGGAGUUGAUGAAUGAAUUGAAGUCCUUGGGUUUAACACCUGGACCUAUUACUCCAAACACUAGACGACUAUUUGAAAAAAAGCUAUCCAGAGCUCUGGGUUGUGACAAUGUCGAUAGCAGUCUCGAAAACAAGGAGGUUGGGUCGAACUUUGAAGUCAGAGAGAGUCAAAUUGUAGAAAGUGAUGAUCGGACGCACAACGCUCCAAGUGUAACAGAGAGCCCAGCGAUCUUUUAUGGGGUUUGUUUCAAUGUGGAUUCUUCUUUAUCUGAAAGUGCAUCGCCAGCCAUUCCAGCUGUUUUUACGAGUAAAGACGAGGCACUGAAGAUGGUCAAGAAAGUAAAAGGUUCUCGUUUUAAAAGCUUUAAAAGUAAACAGGAGGCCGAAUUGUUCUCCCGAUCGCACUUUAAAGAUCAAGAGAUAUCUUCAGGUGCAACGUAUACUUCAUCUGUUCCUAGAGAUCCUGUGAGCAUUUUCAAAACUCCAACACCGCAAGAAAUAGUCAAAUUUCGUGCUGUCAUCGAACGAGGCUCGAGUGAAGAAUUUCAAGAAAAAGUUAUGACUAAUCCCAGAUAUCUUAUUGGACCAGGUGACACUCCAGUGAUUUUACAAGAAGGAUUCCGCUAUAAUGCUCUUCAUGUAGCAGUGAAAAAUAACAGAAAAGAGAUGUGUCAGUCUAUUGUUAAAACUUUAGAGAGUGAAUCGUUCUUGGAUGUGCUAUUGAACCAUGAGAUAAAGACAGCCAAGAACAGCAAAAGGAGAGAAUUUUUUGUGGACAUGUACUUAAACACACCAGACAAAGGGGUAUGUAGCUGCAACACUUCCUUCAGAAUUCCCGGGGAUUUGGUGGUAAUUACAGGGAGGCUGUUAAGGGGGGGAGGAAGAGGGAUGGGGGGAUGAGAUGUCAGCCUUUCAACUUAUGGGGUGCAAAUUCUUUUCCCUAACAGGGUGGUAAUCUUGGCAUUUUACUCCACUACAGGUAGCCCUCAGGAUUUUGUUCCAUUUCCCUGACAGGUUUCUGAGACCAUUUAUUCCUGGUUAGAGAGAGGGUGCUUAACCCUUUAACUCCCAUGAGUGACCAAGACAGAAUUUCUCCUUACAAUAUCAAAACUAUAUCAAGCACACAAGUUAUGAGAAUAAAGGAAAAUAUCAUUUAGGGGAUUAUAAGAUGAUCCAAUACCAAAUUCUCCAAACUAACAUUACAAUAACUGUAUAGGAGAUAGUAAGGAGAAUUACUAAUGAGAUCUUAGGAGGUGAAGGGUUAAAAAUGAGGUAUCCUGUGAAAGAGCUCUAAGGGAGGAGGGGUGCUUUUCAUCAGAAUUCUUAUAUGGGGGUGAGUCAAUCUGCUCUCCAGAUCAGAGUUGAGUCCACCCUUGUUUUCAGUCCUGGCUUCGGAAAGCCAUAACCACCCUCAGACCUAGUUAAUGAUUUUAGUACUGAGAAUUUAGCAUUGGAUCAAAUGAUAAACCCCUAAUUGAUAUUUUUAAAUAUUGUCUUGAUAAUCCAAGGUGAAAUUGUGUUGUGGACUGGGAAAGAGAGUGUUGACUGUUAGUCCAAGGUUUCCCCUACACAGUCUGUACCAAAUAGCCAUUUAAAGAUUUCUUGACCAAUCAAUUUAUCUUGUUUCACAGAACUUGGAAACACCAUUACAUUUUGCCAGCAAGUUUGGUUUUCCUGACAUCGUUGAAUAUCUUGUUUCUCAUCCUCUAACAAACAUCCAACAAAAAAACAAAUAUGGUGAAACUCCAGCUGAGGUAAGAUAUUCAAUGAGAAUGACUUAGUAAGUAGGAAUUUCCAAACACAAAUGCCAGGGACUGCGCAGCAAGUUUUUGAGGGGGGGGGGCUAUUUUUGGCUCUGUCAUUUUUGUUAAAUUAUUUUUUGUUUAAUUUAUUUUUAUUUUUGCAAAAUAGUGGGGGGCCAAAAGCCCCCUCAGCCCCUCCCUCUGCACAGUCCCUGAAUGCUUAUUGAGCUUAUUGUAAAAUUCUAUUCACCUGAUGAGUGUUUGGUUGAGAUAAAACACCUCAUUAUGCUAGCUGUGAACUAUUUUUUGACAAAUAUUUGACAAUCCUCUUUAAAAAAAUAUGUGUGUUAACCCUUUCACUCCCAAGAUCUCAUUAGUGAUUCUCCUUACUGUCUGCCACACAAUUCCUAUGAUGUAAGUUUGGAGAAUUUGGUAUUGGAUCAACAAAUAAUCCAUUUAUUGAUAAUUUCUUCAUUCUCAUCUCUUGUCUGCUUUCUACUGUUUUGAUUUUGUAAGGAGAAAUUCUCUCUUGGUCACUCAGAAGAGUUAAAAGAUUAAUAGCUGACAAACAGACUGGUUAUGAUUAUUGCUAACAAACAUCAUGCCUCCAUAAUUUUUUGACCAGAAAAACAUUUGACAUGAAUAUUUGCAUACUAAGUUCCUCUCUACCUAUUAUUUGUCUUAAUUCAAACUUUUUUACUAUAGUUUAGGACUUAAGUACUUUUACAUAUGUAGAUAUUCAUAUAGUUUGAUCAAAUACUUUCAGGUGAUUUGCUCAAGGUGUUCAAAUGCAAGUCCUGAUUUGAAAAAUCAGAUGAAAAGCUUCCUUGAAGGUAUAAAAGUCAAAAUUGUGCAUAGUCAUUCAUUUUGUAUUUGAAAGUAUUUUUGUCAGCUUUACCUGUUGCAAUGUGUUUCUUAUACAAACUGCUUGCCAUCUUGAUUUGUUAGACUUUGGAUAAAGAUAGACCAACACAGUUGUGAUACCCAGUGUUCUCCUUCUCAGGCAGUAACCUGUAACAUUUACCGCCUGUAGUACCUUUUAUUGCAGAUUAAAAUUGCUUGGAAUUCUUGAAAUUCAACAAGUAAAAGGAUUGCUUUACUGGUUUGAAAAUUUAUUUUACCUGUCAUGCUUAAAAUAAGGGAGAACUCUGGAUACCACUUGAAAAUUACUUGCAAGAUGUGUCUUACAUUGAUAAGAGGGCCUCACACUGACAAUGUAGCUAUAUACUGUUCUCUAGGAAAUUGGAAAGGGAAUAACAGAGAGGGGGGACAGAAUAUACAAGGGGUUAGGGGGAUAGAUACCCCAAGGAUUUAGUGCAGGGAGAAAUUGGGAUAAGAUGUCUAACAAGAUGGAUGAAGGGGAAUAAUGAUACAAGGCCUAAAUUUCUGCCCUCUGUUUCUCUUUAUGUUAUAUCCCUGGGAUGAUUUCUUUCUUUGACUGCUGUGUUUCUCCAUUUACUCUCAACCACUAUUUUCUAUGUUAAGAUUCUAAUUUUUUCAAUAGUUGAUUUGUUUGUGUCCUGUUUGCAGACAAUUUCUAUGUGCCAUUGUUGGGUUCAAUGGAUAAUUCAACUUCUUCCUGGAUUGAGGAGCCUUGGUCACCAGAGAUCACAGGUGAUAAAGUGAACAAUGAAGGGGCACAACCAGGAAGCCCCCUAAAAAACUGGAAACACAGGAACAGCCCUGGAGAGUUACCAAUUACAGUGAGGGCAUAUGCUGGACCAAUGUCCCCAUCAAAGGUAGUUAUUGGAACCUACACUUCAUGAGUUGUGUAUAUAAAGUACAAUGCAGAAUGCAGGUGGCAUGUCACUUAGGAACCUUGGAUCAAUAUCAGUAUCUGGGCAAAUGCCCACCUACCCCUCCCCUAACUCAACAACAGUCAAUUGAUAACAAGUUAGGGUUAAUGUUGGGUUAGGGGAGGGGUAGGUGGGCAGUUGCCCAGAUACUGAUAUUGAUGCGGAACCUUGAGUAUGGCUUAGUUUGCUACUGAGUUCUUGGUAUUUCAUUUGCUGAAGCAUUUGACCACAAAAUGAUACUGCCUAGGUUUUUAUUAUUUAGGGGUUCCUCAGCCCCUCAAUGGGUGUGGUUUUUUGAUCUGGUUUGGUAUGAACAAUGGGUCAAGACGUUGACUAUGCAUUUCUAGCUCAAAAUGAAUACAAGAGAAGUAGAAGUAGCCAAAAUAUAUCAUAAAUUUUGGAAGAAAUUGUACCAAUUCUUGACCUUUGCACUGAUGCUAAGCUUAGUUACUUUAGAAAACCCAGUGAACUCUUAGAUGCCAAAUCUAAAAAACAGGUGUGAAUUUUAGAAGUCAGUUUUGAAAAUCAGUGUGGAAAAUGACAUGGUGUGUCAGAAAUAGGGUCAGGAUUUGGAGAACCAGUUGACACACCCCUGCCCAGAACCUCAACCCCAUCAUGACUGUUAUCUUCAUGUGGAAUGUUUGCCCCAGGCUCACCACAGAUUACACUCGGGCAUAACUGGGGGGGGGGGGAGCCUAGGGUGCCCAUGACCCCCUCCCCUCCUUUGUAAGGCUUUUUUUUGGUUCAUUGAGUAUAAAAUGGUGUGGUGGUCAAAUGAAAAUCUGCUAGUACCCUCUGUUUGACUCAGUGUGACUCCCUUUUGAGAAGUCUUGGCUACGCCCCUGAAUUUAUGUUAAAGCACUCUUCUGUACAAUUUUUGCUCAUUUUAGGCUGCAGAGUUCUACCGUACUUGGAAAACUCCACCAAAGAAGGAGAAGUGGAACAGCUACAUUCAGAUAAAGAGGAAAGAUGACAGUCGUGGUGCAGAAAGAAUUGGAAGGUAAACUGUUGGUUUGUUUUUGCUGUGAAAAUAGACCAGUGAGCCUGUGCAGACUCUGAUAGUCUGAUUUAUUUUUGCUAUAUCAAGAAGAUUUUAGUCAUGUGUUAUUAAAUCCAAACCAAGGUUAUCACAAUAGCCAUAGUCAAGAAAUUUCUACUUGACUAGUAAAGAAAUCAGAGGUUGCAUCAGGUUUGGUGAUUGGUUCAGAAAAAUCACACCAGUUGCUUUCACAACUAAUCAGACCUUUAAUUAAAAUUAAUCACAACUUGGUCACAUGCAAGCAAACCCAUGCAAACCCGGUUUGCCUCUAAGACUUCACAGAAAGUUACUCUCUUGUCAAUAAUUAUUAUGUUAUUGUCAUGAAUGGUUACUUUUUUAAUUUCAAGAGCACUUGCUCAUUGCGAGAGUGUACCUUGGACAGAAUAUUGGACAUUUCUUGGCUGUUAUGCAGACUUGGCAAGUCCUCAGGGUCUGAAAAAACUUGAAGAUUAUCUGGCUGAAAGGAAGGAGAGGAUCGUUUUAAGCAGACUAUCAGUUACACCUCAGAGAGUCAGAACUGUUAAGAAUGUAAGCAGAGAGUUAAAAACUCCAGAGUCAAGACAAAGUAGUGUUCUUUUGUCUGAUAGUGGUUUGGAACAUCAAACAACCUUUGCAAUUGAUGUUGACUGUUGUACUGAAAAGAACUUGUUGGAUUGCUGUGACAGUUCUCCCUUGUUGUCCAGGAAAGAAAUUUUCCCAGAGUCAGAGAUGGAACCAGAAAAAUUAAAUUUUGAGCUGGAGGAUGUUACAGUGGAAAGCAAACCAGACAAUUCUAAAGAACAGCAUAUUGUGGAGAAAUUUUCAAGUGGAAAGGAUGGGAAUGGUUCUAUCUCGAGGUCGUCUCCACAAGAAAUCAUGAAAGAUAAGCUUUAUAAGCCAACAACGGAAAUGUUGGGAAAAGACUUAGAAACACUUUGUCUUCAUCAAGAAGAAGUUAAGACAAAGCUGCCUACAUCCAAUAGUUCAUUUGCAGAAAAUUCAGAUAAAGAUUUCUUAGACAGAAGCCAUUCUACUCAGUUGAGUGACCAAAAAGAUGAAAGAGACAUUGCAGAGGACAUUGUGUGCAAGAAAAAGCUGGUAUACAGUCUACAAGAACAAGAAACUGGCAAUUAUGGUGAAGUCUUGAAGAGCAGAAAUGCAGAUGUUUCUGAUACUGAGCAAACAGGCAAGAAAAAUCGAGUCAUGCCAACAAAACACAAAAUGGAAAUUCCCAAGGAUUUUAAUUCAACUGAUUUGGAGUCAUCAGUAGUGAAUGGAUCUCCAAUUGAAGUGUUUGAGAAUACAACGUGUGAAGAUCAAAGAUUAAGAAAUGGUGAUUCUAGAGUGUCUAGUGUUCUGGAGCAGAACUGUUUUAAAGUGCCAGGAGAAAGAAAUGUGGAGCAUGCAAAGUCAGAGAGAUCUGGCAAUGUGGUUGGUUCAGGAAAUAAGAGCCUCAGCAUUUUCAUCCAGGGGUAAGUGGGUUAGUAACCUGUUCCAGCUUUAACAGGUAAAGAGGAACCCUCUAAAAAUGUGCCGUGCUCCCAAUAUGUGAUUUGUAGCUCAGUUGGUAGUUGUGCCCAACUUGUAUCAAGGAGGCACAGGUUCAAAUCCUGAUGAAGCCUUCAUUUUUUUAAGCUCCUUCUGUACAAUUGAUUAAAUUUCAGCUCACUUGUGGGAAGCAUUGCUCUAUAUGACUGUUCCAGAUUGUCCAUCCAUAUAGAUGAGGGAAAUGGUGCACCAACAAUUCUUGGCAGUUGUCAGGUGUAAUGGCAGCCAGCAGAGUGACACUCCCAUCAACAUUUGCCUGCUUUCGUUUUGCUUGUCUCUGAGAGCUUAGUGCAGGCUUGUUGCUUAAGACAAGGACUAGUACUUUUAACCAGCAUGUCAUAGAAGUCUACCCACAAUUAAAACAAAAAACAAUUUUAUUCUUUAAAUUAUGGAUCUUGUCACAAACACGCAACCUUCCUCCCCUCCCAUAGCACUGACCUACAAUAUUUUGACUGCGUGACCUUGUUUUAGUUUGCAGCCAAGUAAACUUGACCUUGAUGUGUUAAUUGCCAUUGGUCAGACCACAAUUGAUCCUGCAAAAUAUCCUCAUAUCAAAGAAUGGAAGAAACUGGUUAUGUCUUAUUCUGAGGCAACACAAGAAAGGUAGCAUUGUUUUUUCGUUUUCUUCUUGUCCAGUAAAUUACUAUUUCUUCCUUCAUAGCCCCAUACCUCCCUCUAACAUUCCUCCAUAUCCAUUCCAGCUUCCUUUACCUUUCCUUUCCUUUCACCACCCUCAGUUGUUCCUCUCUGGUGCCUGCUCUGACCCAGGCCUCAUUCCUUCUCUCAUCCCCCCUUCCCACUCAUCUUUUUUGCCUCCCCUGCUUAUCCUGAUCCUUGUUGCAUUGCUUCAUUUUUCUCUCUGCCCUGACCUUUCUAACUUACAACUUUAGUCCCUUUUCUGUCAUUCCUACCAUCCACUCCUCCCCACCACUUUUCUCAACUCCCAUUUCCUCCAGCAUUCCUUUUUGGUCUCCCUCUGCAAUAUCUUCCUUCUUGCCUAUCCAUCUCUUUCCUUCUCUUACCCACUGUUCCUCCAUUUCCCACAUUUUUCACCACUCUUAAUCCCUACCUCCAACCUGUUCCCUGCUUUGCUCUUUACCACAAUCAUCCCUUCCCACCCCUCCCUGCCUACUAGCUUCUACUCUCACCCCUCACAGCUCCUUUUCUCUCCCCCAAUCCCUCUCUUUCACAUUACAUCUCCUGUCACACCAACACGUCCUGCCCUCCUUGCAUUUUACCGUUUGCAGCACUGUACUGAUGCGAGUUCCUUUUUUUCCAGCUGGCCAAGCCCAGGAUCACCUAGAUAUCACACAAGGCACAAAUCUCUCAUGUUGAGCUGCUAAUAAAGCUGAAUUUGAAUCAAUUUUAACUGAUAUAGGUCAUUUGAAAUUGUGGCUUUUCAACUAGUAAUUCAUGGUUCAAUUUACUUUGUGUUUACCAUUCUGUUUGAUGUAAAUUGGCCCCUAACUUGGUGAACAGGGCAUAAAAUUUUCGUUCUUACCAAAAUGAUAUAUUUAAUAAAAAAAAUUGUUGGUUUUUUUCAUAUUAUGGUUUUGUUAAUGUUUACAUAGGGAUUGCUGUUCAUAAACUCAUGUUUUAAAACAGUAACUCAUUUUGUGAAUUAUAUCGCACAGUAUGUAUUUACACUAGAACCC